AUGAACUCAUAAAACGACCAAGAAAAGUAGGGCUCAGAUGAACAAGGAUUGGGAGAAGUGUUUGUGCCAGCAUAGGUUGUGAAUAACUUUAAUCAAAUGGUUGCUGAUCCUCAACCUGUAUUUACUCUAUUGAUAAUAGUUAUAGUUUCCAUCUGAUAGGUCAGCUAAGCCUACUUUAGAGAAUAAUCUUCAGAAUUAAGCUCCACUGGUAAAUAGAUGGAUAUAUAUAGUUAACUGAUAAAUAGCAAGCGUAACCAUUAAUUAAAAAGGUUGAUCCUGGUUCUGAAGAAAUAAAAAAGAUUCCAAAAGCAAGAAAGGAAUCUGCUAAUCAUAGUUAAGAUGAUGUCUCAGUUAAAAGUUCAGGAGGAGCCAAAUCUCCUCAUUAAUGUACCAUUUUGCUAUAAUUAAUCAGAAGCCCAAUAGAAACGCAUUAAAAGGAUGAACAGCAGAGUCAAGAGUCGACAUUCUCAAUAAAAACAACAAUCGGAUUUCUCAAAAAGUAUAAUGAAAAUCACAGAAAACACAAUCUUCUCAAUAAUCAUGGCAAUCGUCACUAUUUAUGCUUUAUUUGGAGAUGAUAUUCGAAUUUUAUCAGUAGAUAAGUAGGGAGAUGAUGUAUUCUUUGUUCUAACCGUGAUAUGCAUGGUUGCAUUUAUUGUCGAAAUUACACUUACAAGUAUCGCUAAACCAGACUACAUUCUGAAUGUAAAUAUAAAACAAAUUUUAGUUUUAUUUUAUUUUAGAUGUUAUAUCAACCUUAACGAUGAUAUUAGAUUUAGGUUGGAUAACAGAUACUUGGUAUUCUGGAGAUUUAACAAGUGCAUCUCAAAUUAAAUCUAUUGGAACUGCUUCCAGAGCAGCAAGAAAAGCAGCAAGAGUUAUUAGAGUUAUAAGACUUGUGAGAUUGGUUAAACUAUAUAAACAUGCUCGCUAAUAAAUGGAAAGAGAAUAGUAAAGAAAAUUACUUUAAGAUUUAUUAAGAUAAGCAUAAUAAAGUAAGAGUUCAGAUUAACACCAAUAAUAAUAGUAAUAAUAAUAAUAAUAAUAAUAAUAAUAAUAGUAGUAAAAUUUAUCAAUCUAAUAAAUUAUACCUUAAAAUGAUGAAUCCAGAAAUAAUUCACAAAAUGAAAUUGAAGUUGCCAAGACACCAGAUAGAAACUCUACUUCUUAAGUAAGAACCUCUUAAACUUCAUCGUAAGCAGAAAACCAAAUAAAGGAAUCUAUCGUAGGAGCUUAAUUAUCAGAUCUUGUUAUGAGAAGAGUGAUUACUAUUAUUUUAGCCAUUCUAAUAAGUAUUCCUGUUCUCUCCUUAGAUACUUAUUAAGAAACGAUCAGCAGUUAUGAUUCUGGAAUUUACAGAAUCUAUUAAUUUAAAGAUAAUCAAGAAAUAAUGAAAUCUCUUUUGUAUUAAUAUGCUCAAUUCCAUGUAGGAGAAAUUUACCCGAUAUAUAGUGUUGAUGUUAACUUAAAAGGAAAUGGCAAUACAAAUCUUGAUGAAUGGAAUUACAAUACUAAUCCAGAAAUUUUCGAAGUUCCUGCUUAUGAAACAAAAGACUAAUAUAGAUUUUCUGAUUUACAAUAUUAUGUCAAAUCUGAUGGAUCAGAUCUACAGACAUAUGCUGCGGCUGAUUUGGUAGCCUAUAAUCAAACUAAUGCUAUUUUGUCAAUAUUUUAAACCGUCUUUGUAUGCAUAGUCUUAGCAGUCUCAGCUUUAAUGUUCAAUAAAGAUGUGUCUGAUUUAGUGAUAGAUCCUAUAGAAGCAAUGAUGUAGAAAAUAGAAAUGAUAGCAGCAAAUCCACUUGAAGCAGUUAAUAUAGAAGAAUAAGAAGAUUUAAUAAUGGAGGAAUUGGAGAAAUCUUAGGACGUGGAGAAACUGAAAUAGAAAGAAAUAGAGAAACAUAUGGAAACUUAUGUUCUCCAAAGAUUAAUAAUGAAAGUAGGUGCUUUGCUAGCUGUUGGUUUUGGUGAAGCAGGUUCUGAGAUUAUAGCUGAAAACAUUAAAAAGGGUGGCAGUGUAGAUCCCAUGAUUCCAGGUAAGAAGAUAUUGGCAAUCUUUGGAUUUUGUGAUAUUAGAAAUUUCACUGAUGUAAUAUAAAAUAGUUAACAAUAUAGGCCACUGAAGUAUUAUAAUAAGGAGUAAUGGUUUUCGUGAAUGAAAUUGCCGAGAUCGUUCAUUCAACAGUUGAUUCCAUGAGUGGAUCUGCUAAUAAAAAUAUUGGUGAUGCUUUCUUGCUCGUUUGGAAGUAUUCACCCAAUGAUUAUCAUCCUGAUCCUGACAAUCCUAGAAACCUGAAAUUAAAAACAGAAAAAUACAUUAAGUAAAAGGGAGAUAUGGCUGUGAUGGCAUUUCUCAAGAUUAUAACAGCAAUCUCUAUCUCCAAAAAAUUGGAGAAGUAUAAGAAACAUGAGGGACUUAAUGCUAGAAUGAAAGACUAUUCUGUGAAAAUGGGUUUUGGAUUACACAUGGGUUGGGGAAUCGAAGGAGCAAUUGGAUCUGGAUUUAAAAUUGAUGCUUCAUAUCUUAGUCCAAAUGUUAAUAUGGCAUCAAGAUUGGAGGCAGCAACAAAGCAAUUCGGAGCCCUUAUUCUCGUUAGUGGUAUUCUAAAGUAAUAUUUGACUGAUGAAUGUUAAAAGCAGAUGAGAAUGAUUGAUAUUGUUACUGUGAAAGGAAGUAUUGUUCCUUUAGGUAUGAUAUCAUAUUAUUUUAAGAACUGCAUACAGUGGAUAUGUCUAUUAAAAAUUUGUAAGCCAAAAUCAAGUCUCUAAGAGAUAAAUUUGAUGUUUCUUAGAUGACUUAAAAAGAAUCAAAGAAAUUUAGAGUUGUGAAUAGAUUCAAGAGAGAUUAACAGAUGAAACAAGUGAUGAACAAUUAAAUUAAUAUUACUGAUCUCUUUGAAAAGGAUGACGAAUUGUCAGCUGCUAGAGAACCAUACACUUAAGUACAAAUAUUCUUUGUGAUUUUAUUAUAGUAAUUCUAUGAGACUUGGAAGUAGGGAUUUGAUUAAUACAUUAAAGGAAAUUGGGCAGAAGCAUAAUCCAUAUUCUAAAAAACCUUGGUAAUUCAAAAAAUUUAUAGUUUAGACUAUGAUACCUGAACAUAAGGAUGGGCCGUCAAAUACUCUUUUAGAGGUUAUUCAUUCGUGUGGUGGAAAAGCUCCCAAAGAUUGGAAAGGUUUUAGAGAGCUUACAGAAAAAUGA